AUGGCGACUACGGCCGGAGGAUCCGUUGCUUUUUCGAGCUUUUCAUCUUCUUCAUCUUCAUUCAGUCGUAAAUCCAGGCCACGAUCCAGCCUUCCACUGGUGAUUAGACUAGUAACUCCACGGCAACGAAAUAUAACCUGCUUGGCAGUUCAAGAAUCAUCUACAUCCACAGUUUCUGCUGAAACAAAGGAGAAAAAGGAGGAAAAGCAGGCUGAAGAAGCUGAGCCCUCCAAGCCAAAGCCAAAGGCUGCAGCCAAAGCUCAAGCCAAAGGUUUGCCUCUGUUGAUGGAGGAGGAUGUCAUCCCUUCACUCAAAGACACACUACAAGCUCAAGAUGAUAUCUCAGAACUUGAACUAUCAUUUAAUGACAACAAGUUAGAAGGUUCAUUUUUUAAGGAGGGCAACCCAUAUUCAUUUUGGGCAUUCUUCCCUGAUGGAAAUCUCACAGGUCCCAAAGGUUUCUCUCUAUCUUCAUAUGGGACAGGAGUGAGCACUGUAGAGCCAUUUCUAGUUGAUGAGAAAAGACCAACAGCAAAACAUGUUGUAUUCUGGGUUGAGAAGCGUUUGGCUGCUCAAGGAAUAAUUCCAGUGUGGAAUGAGUAA